AGCCCGCCAUUUUACUGCAGGCGAGCAGCAGUUCACACACGUCGAGCUAACUCGCGGGCCUGUGGCGUCCGUUUAUACAUUUAUAUUUAUAUUCUCCCUGUCGUGAGUCAGUUUGCGGGGAUCUGCGUACAGUGUGCGCUUCUUUGUCCGGUCCAUGGUUUGACGUUUGUCAGAUUCUGGAGGAGAGAAGGUGAAAGAUGACACAGUUUCUCCCCCCUAACCUGUUGGCCCUCUUUGCGCCGCGGGAUCCCAUACCUUUCCUGCCUCAGCUGGAAAAGCUGCCCCAUGAAAAACAUCACAACCAACCGUACUCUGGCAUUGCGCCGUUUAUCAGGCACUUCGAGGAUCCUAGAGAUGCUCCUCCACCGACAAGGGCAGAAACCCGAGAGGAGCGCUUGGAGAGAAAGAGGCGAGAGAAAAUUGAGCGAAGGCAAACAGUGCUGGAGACAGAACUCAAGCUUUGGGACCCCCAUAAUGAUCCCAAUGCUCAAGGGGAUGCUUUCAAGACCUUGUUUGUUGCACGAGUGAACUACGACACAACAGAGUCCAAACUUCGGCGUGAGUUUGAGGUUUAUGGUCCCAUCAAACGGAUUUACAUAGUCUACAACAAGAGGACAGGGAAGCCUCGGGGCUAUGCCUUCAUCGAGUAUGAGCAUGAACGAGACAUGCACUCUGCCUACAAACACGCAGACGGGAAGAAGAUCGAUGGUAGGAGGGUGCUGGUGGACGUGGAGCGAGGACGCACUGUCAAAGGAUGGCAGCCACGCAGGCUAGGUGGAGGUUUGGGUGGAACCAGGAGAGGUGGAGCUGAUGUCAACAUCAAACACUCUGGCAGAGAUGAUGCAUCUCGUUAUGACGAUCGUCCACUGGGAGCAGACAGGGAACGUGGAGAGCGGAGGGAGCGCAGCAGGGAGCGUGAGCGGGACAAAGACAGGGAACGCCGGAGGUCCAGGUCCCGUGAGCGCCGCCGUCGCACCCGCUCACGAGAACGCGAAAGAGAGAGGGAGAGACCGGCAGCCGAGGAAGGCACCCCGAGCACUAGGCGUCGAGAGCGAGAAAGGGAGCGCGGGGUGGCAGCAGCAGCAGGGGGAGACAGCCGGAGUAGGGAGAGGAGUCGAGACCGGAAAAAAAGGAGCAGGAGCCGAGAUCGUAAGAGGGAGAGAGAGAGGGGCAAGGGCCUGGAUGGUGAGGAGAUCGGCCAGGGAGAGGGUGCCCUUGAGGGUGGGGAGAGAAUGCAGGAGGAACAGGAAGGCGAAGUUGCUGAGGGCAUGGACGAGCGCAGAGACAGGGACAGGGAGAGGGACAGAGACCGAAGGCGUAGCCACAGGGACAAAGACAGGCGCAGGGGAGACCGGGACAGAGAUAGGGAGCACAAACGGGAUCGGGGGGACAGAGACAAAGGAGAGCGCAGGGAGGAGCGUCACGGGUCCCUACGAGACGACAUGGGCCCCCAGGAUGACAUGGGCAACGAGGACGACGGGGGAGCGCCACCAAACAUGGAGGAGUACAGUCAGGAUGGGAUUUUGAUGGACCAGCAGUCGGUGCCUUCAGCUGACGGCUAUGGCUCCAGUGAGAAUGGCUACAAGAUGGAGACACCAGCAGACGAGUACUGAACCAGGCUUCUGUCCGUCACAUCCCUGAGCUCACAUCAUCUGGUCUAUAUUGAACUUGGCUAUUGAAUUUGUGUCGAGGCACAAAGGCCUAAGUGGAGGGCAUGGUCUCCUCCUCCAUCCUGUCAACAAUCUGAAAUGUAUUCCUGUUAAUUUUGUUGCACACCCACGGUGUCUGAUGUCCUUAAAGCUGCAGUAAGCAGGAUCACUGGAAACAUAGAUGAUUGUUGGGUUAAAGAACGCUGAAACUCUGCUCAUAGUGACUUACCUUUUAUUGCAUUUCUUGUCCAACUCUUUUCUGUUUUUUAGGUUUUUUGCAGUACAGGCAGUUGUUAGGUGAACUUCACUUUGAUGUGAUCGCUCAAAGACUUCAUCAUGAGGCCAGGAGAUGCAUAUAAGUGUUCUCUAAUCACACCAGUGUGGAGUUAUUGAUCAGUAAUGCUUCAACAAAUCUGCCUACUGUACCUUUAAAGCCGCGUUGCUUGCAUCUGCCUUGAUUUUGGGGUAAACACACUUAGUUCAUUUGGAGAUGGCGAGACUGUAUCUUUUAUUUCCAUGUUCUGCAGUUGUGACGUACGCUUAUUUGGGCCCAGUUACCAUUUUCUGCAGUGUAUGUGAAACCGAAUGAAGUGUAGUAUUUUGUGGUGAUAGAAGGCUUUUCAGUUCUGUUUGGAUUCUUUUUACGUCUGCCAUAUUUGUAUGUUAGAAUCGCAGGGUCAUUUUAAUAAAGAUGUGACUUGAGCCCAAGUUUAUUAAUCAUA